UCCCCCUUCCCAAGGAGGCGGCAAAACGAAAGCAGAAAACUGCAUUGUGCACGUGUAUGAAAGAAUGGCAAUCCUGAGAAUUUACAAGAAAGGGGGAGUAACUCAAGGAAUUCGUGAUGCCACAAAACGCCAGAUCUCCUCUCUUAUUGGGAAUGCGUUGUCCAGGCUUCUUACAGAAAUCUGUUUCUACAUCAGCAUAGAUGAUGAAGAGUUAGAACAAGAAGACCUGGACAGGUUAAAAUGGAUAUUGGGAACUCCAUUUGAGGAAGGACAGAUUUCCUGUGACACAUUUCUUGACUCCAGUAUUCCUGGGUCUAAUGAAGGUCAUGUCAUAAUAGAAAUAGGGCCAAGGUUGAAUUUUUCAACUCCAUUUUCAACAAAUGCAGUGUCGAUGUGUAGAUCAGCUGGAUUGAGACAUGUACUUCGUGUAGAGAACUGUGUACGUUACAUGAUCAUACUGAGGCCAGGAUUUACCUUGACCAAUGAGAUGGAGGAAAAGAUUGUGGCAAGCCUUCAUGACAGGAUGACGCAGUGUCGCUAUUCGCAUCCCAUAGAUAACUUUGACCAUGAAAUGAUAACAGAAGAUGUGUACGAGGUGGAAGUGAUGGAGAAUGGCCGAGUGGCCCUGGAGAUGGCCAACACUGAGCUAGGUCUUGCUUUUGAUGACUGGGAUAUGGACUACUACACCAAGCUUUUCCAGGAGACUAUCAAGCGUAACCCAACCAAUGUAGAAUGCUUCGACUUGGCUCAGUCAAACAGUGAACACAGUCGCCACUGGUUUUUUCGAGGGAGGAUGAUGGUGGAUGGAAAGGAAUACCCGGAAUCACUGUUUGACAUGAUUAAGAAAACUCAAAAAUCAUCAAAUAAUAACAAUGUCAUCAAAUUCUCUGAUAAUAGCAGUGGCAUUGAAGGCUUCGAUGUAGAAGUACUACAGCCCAGCGACCCAACCAAGCCCAGUCCUAUGGUAUACACUGAACAGAAAAAACGACACAUUAUCUUCACAGCUGAGACUCACAACUUCCCGACAGGUGUUGCUCCCUUCCCAGGGGCCACAACAGGUACAGGAGGUAGAAUCCGUGACGUCCAGGCUGCUGGGCGUGGUGCCCAUGUGGUGGCAGGAACAGCAGGGUACUGCUUCGGCAAUCUUCUCAUCCCAGGUUAUGACUUGCCUUGGGAGGACAAGGCCUUUGUCUACCCCAGUAACUUUGCUUCUCCUGUUGAAAUUGCUGUGGAGGCGAGUAAUGGUGCCUCAGACUAUGGUAACAAGUUUGGAGAACCUGUCCUCACAGGGUUUGCACGAUCAUUUGGACUGACGACACCUAAUGGGGAGCGAAGGGAAUAUGUCAAGCCUAUCAUGUUCAGUGGUGGCAUUGGACAAUUAGAUAGUUACUGCAUCACAAAAAAGACUCCAAAAGAAGGUAUGCGGGUAGCCAAGAUCGGGGGCCCAGUGUAUCGUAUCGGCGUUGGAGGAGGAGCGGCAUCCUCUGUCCAGGUACAGGGGGACAACAAGGCAGAGCUGGACUUCGGAGCCGUGCAGAGAGGAGAUCCCGAGAUGGAACAAAAACUCAAUCGGCUGAUACGUGCCUGUCUGGAGAUGGGGAACAAUAACCCUAUAGCCAGUAUACACGAUCAAGGAGCUGGAGGAAAUGGUAAUGUGCUGAAGGAGAUAGCAGAACCAGCCGGAGCUGUGAUCAGGGCAUCAGAGUUUACUUUGGGGGAUCCCACUCUCACAGACAUGGAGUUAUGGGGAGCGGAGUACCAGGAAAGUAACGCCAUUCUCCUUAAUAAGUCUGACCGUGAUGUUCUCGAAACAAUCGGUAAACGAGAGAGAUGUCCUGUCGACAUAGUGGGCAAAAUCACUGGAGAUGGAAGAAUCAGGUUUGAGGGAUUUGACCACUCAGAAGGUGAUGGAAGCCCUGCCAAAAAGAGAAGGAAGAUUCAUAAGUAUCCUGUUGACCUACAACUCGAACAUGUCCUUGGCUCAAUGCCAAGAAAGGAGUUUAUCCUUGACCACAAAGAAAUUCCACUGAAGUCUCUAUCUCUACCUGAGGACCUAACAGUAAAUGAUGCCCUACAGAGAGUUCUACGCCUGCCAUCUGUAGCCAGUAAGAGAUAUCUCACUAACAAGGUGGACCGGUGUGUGACAGGACUUGUAGCCCAGCAGCAGUGUGUAGGUCCACUUCAUACACCGUUAGCUGACGUGGCUGUAACAGCAAUCACACACAAUGAGUUAGUUGGAUCGGCCACAAGUAUAGGGGAACAACCGGUGAAGGGACUAGUGAACCCAGGCGCUGGGGCUCGUAUGUCUGUUGGGGAGGCCAUGACAAACCUAGUUUUUGCCUGUAUUACUCAUAGAAAGGACAUCAAGGUAAGUGGUAACUGGAUGUGGCCAGCUAAACUCCCCGGGGAGGGGGCAGCCCUGUUUGAUGCCUGUUGUGCCAUGUGUGAUGUGAUGAGAGAAUUGGGUGUUGCCGUUGACGGGGGAAAGGACUCGCUCAGUAUGGCUGCCCGUGUCGAAGGACAGACUGUCAAGGCCCCUGGUACUCUGGUUAUUUCUAUGUACUGUGGAUGUCCAGAUAUCACCGCCACCAUCACACCGGAUCUCAAAUGUCCACAGGGAAAAGGUGUUCUGUUGUAUGUGGACAUAAGUGAAGGGAAGCAUCGACUAGGAGGGUCAGCCUUGGCUCAAUGUUACCAGCAGAUUGGAGAAACAACACCGGAUUUGGAACAACCACAAGUUCUGUGUCAAGCAUUUGAUGUAACACAACAGCUCCUCAAAGAUCGUAAAAUCCUUAGUGGACAUGAUGUGAGUGAUGGUGGACUGAUUACCUGUCUCCUGGAGAUGGCAUUUGCUGGCAACUGUGGUCUGGACUGUAACAUUCCAGUGUCUGAUUCAGGACAUACAGAUCUUGAUGUUUUGUUUGCGGAGGAGCUUGGCCUUGUAUUAGAAGUACAGGAAAAAUAUCAACAGGAAGUCCUUGAAGCAUAUUCAGCACACAAUGUUCCUUGUUAUUUGAUUGGUCAUUCACAAAGCAGAAAAAAAGAUAUGCCAACAAUCCAACUGUGUAUAAAUGGCCGCCUGGUAUUGGAGGAGACAAUGUCUGGCCUGCGUGAUGUAUGGGAGGAGACAAGUUUCCAGCUGGAACGUCGACAAACGUCUGCGCCGUGUGUGGACCAGGAACAGAAGGGUCUCUCUGAGAGAGAGGGGCCACAAUACCAUGUACCAUUUGAGUGUGAUAUAGUGUCAAUAUCACCAAAAGGUAGAGACACAAUACAGACCCCAGUAAGAGUAGCUGUCUUAAGAGAAGAAGGCAGUAACAGUGACCGUGAGAUGGCAGUUGUUCUCCACAUGGCCGGCUUUCACGAGGUCUGGGAUAUCAACAUGCAGGACUUAUGCUCGGAGGCGAUCACCCUUGACCAGUUCCAAGGCAUAGUGUUUGUGGGGGGAUUCAGCUAUGCUGAUGUUUGUGGAUCUGCUAAAGGUUGGGCAGCUACAGCCUUGUUUAACAAGUCGGUACAGAAACAGUUUGCUAAGUUUAAGGAGCGACCGAACACUUUCAGUCUUGGUGUCUGUAAUGGCUGUCAGCUGAUGGCACUACUAGGCUGGGUCGCCCCCGACGAUGACCAGAAAGAAAACAGUAAUAGUGGUGUUGGGCAGGGUGUGCUACUGGACCAUAACUUGUCCAACAGGUUCGAGUGUCGGUUCUCCACUGUGAAGGUCUAUGACAGUCCAGCCAUCAUGACUAGGGGCAUGGAGGGCACAACCUUUGGCAUGUGGAGUGCCCAUGGGGAAGGAAGGAUGGUCUUCAAAGAUAGGAGAAUAUACCAAGACCUUGUGAGCAAGCAGUUGAUCCCAGUUCGCUAUGUUGAUGACUUGGGAGAGCCGACUACGGUGUACCAUGAACCCAACGGUUCCCAGGAUGGUGUAGGGGCUCUGUGCUCCGAGGAUGGACGACACCUGGCUAUCAUGCCCCACCCUGAGCGAUGCUUUAUGCCCUGGCAGUGUCCAUGGAUGCCAGGGGAAAUGCGAACCAAUAUGGAUGUGACACCUUGGUUUAAAAUGUUCACAAAUGCAUUCGAAUGGUGUAUAGACAAUAUUUCACAGCAUAGUUGAUUCAUGACAGCAUGGUUCAAAACCAUAUCUGACAAUGCAAUAUAAUAACAUUAUCAGGAAACUCAUGUUUGUUGGUGAUAAAUUUGUGUUCAGCAUCAUUGUGUAUAAUAUGAUGAAAUUAGAUCAUGAUUUUGUAUGUGUGAUUGAAAUAGUGCUUAUACUGACAGUUUAUGGGGUAUGGGCAACAGUAGGGAGGAUUCAGUUAUUACAGUAUAAGGGAUGUGGGGAAGGAUGGGCUGUACUGUUGCUUAACCUGAUAUUUCUGGUAAAUUUUGUCUUCUGAUGUUUCAUACCUCAUUUGUAUGAUAUUACUAUCUAUUUGGAAGUCCACCCUGGUAAUAACACGCCAAUAUCUAUUGUAGUUCAGUAAAAUGUUUUAAUAUUUUCACCAUUUGUAGAUGAAUUAUUAGUCAUUAUUUCUACUAAUAGUCGUAGUGAACCCCCUUGCAAAAUGCAAAGUGCCAGGUUGCGUGAGGGAGGUACACUAAUAUAAUGGUAAAUAUACAGGGAGGUGGGAGAUCCAAUGUCCGUGUAAACAGUUCGGUAUGGUUCUGUGUUACCCAGCCGAUGGAUUCCAUUAUGGUGAAUAUUUUUCACAGGCUAAUGUGGAUUUGAAAAUCAUUUAUAACAGUUUACAAUUGAUACAUUUAAUAUUAUUUUGAAACCAAAUAUGUCAUAUUGACUUAAUAAUAGUAAUACAUUCAAAAAAUUAAAAAUAUAUCCAAUAUUGUCAACUUGAAUUAAGAUAGCAUCAUACCUAGGGAUCAGGGAUCUGAGAAGAUAUCAUCAUAGCUGGGGGUCAAAGAUCUUGCAGGAUAUCAUCAUAGCUGGGGGUCAAAGAACUCACAAGAUAUCAUCAUAGCUGGGGGUCAAAGAACUCACAAGAUAUCAUCAUAGCUGGGGGUCAAAGAUCUCACAAGAUAUCAUAGCUGGGGGUCAAAGAUCUUGCAUGAUAUCAUAGCUGGGGGUCAAAGAUCUCACAAGAUAGCAUCAUACCAGGGGGUCAAAGAUCUCACAAGAUAUCAUAGCUGGGGAGUCAAAGAUCUCGCAUGAUAUCAUCAUAGCUGGGGGUCAAAGAACUCACAAGAUAGCAUCAUAGCUGGGGGUCAAAGAUCUCACAAGAUAUCAUAGCUGGGGGUCAAAGAUCUCGCAUGAUAUCAUCAUAGCUGGGGGUCAAAGAUCUAACAAGAUAUCAUAGCUGGGGGUCAAAGAUCUCACAAGAUAUCAUCAUAGCUGGGGGUCAAAGAUCUCACAAGACAUCAUCAAACCUUGGGGUCAAAGAUCUUGCAAGAUAUCAAACCUUUGGGUCAAAGAUCUCGCAAGAUAUCAAAUCUUGGGGUCAAAGAUCUCACAAGAUAGUAUCAAACCCAGAGGUCAAAGAUCUCACAAGACAUCAUCAAACCUUGGGGUCAAAGAUCUCACAAGAUAUCAUCAUAGCUGGGGGUCAAAGAUCUUGCAAGAUAUCAAAUCUUGGGGUCAAAGAUCUCACAAGAUAGUAUCAAACCCAGAGGUCAAAGAUCUCACAAGACAUCAUCAAACCUUGGGGUCAAA